AUGACUUGGGCCGCCAAUACCUGGGAGUUAAAGAAUGGUUCUCACCUGAACGCGGAACUGGAAUUGAAGCCGACUAAUCCAUUUUGGACCUGGGUUGGUACACCUGAGCCUAAACCGACACCUUCGCUGCUGCUUCGUCGUCCGACUGAGGAAAGAAAAUUCGAGUCUAGUUCAACCAAAAGACAGGAAUUAGUUCCAGAAGAGUCAAGGUUAUGGCUGAAGAGUUGCCUUCCUUUGCUCGUACCAAAGUCUAGAAUUGUAACUUUUGGCUAUGAAUCGCAGUAUCUCAAGGUGGCCCCCAAAAGAAACAUCAACAAUUGCGCCCAAGAACUUCUUUCUGCGUUGAUACAGUGGAGAUCAGGCGAAGAUGAGAACGAACGUCCGAUCAUAUUCGUGGGCCAUUCCUUUGGAGGGAUUGUCAUCAAAGAGGCGCUGAUCAAAGCAACUCUGGCUUCAAAAGAAUUUGGCAUCAUCAAACAAUUGACACAUGGUAUCAUUUUCCUCGGAACCCCGCACAAUGGCACGAGCAUCGCGACCUACGGAGAGACGUUGGUAAAUAUCGCGAAAGCUGUUGGCCUUGGGUCAGACACAACCCUUAUCCAUAGCCUUCGCAAUGGGUCUCCAGAAUUGUUUAGGCUUGCAACCUAUUUCAAUGAUAUCUACACUGAUUUUGAGGUGUUUUGCUUCUUUGAAUUGCUCCCUUUGAAAUCAUCUAUAGUCGCAGUAGAAGAGAGGUCAGUGGUCAUCGACCCAAACAGAAGCAUGGGUCUGACCGUCAACCACUCUGGUCUCAACAAGUAUACGACUGCGACUGAUCCAAAUCUGAUCAAAAUUGCUGAAGUUUUGGCCAAAAUGGUAAAGCCAGCCAUGUCUAAGGAUGAGCCAUGCAAAUUGGCUGCUGCAACUACGACUUUGACAAGGCCAUGGGAAGCGGCUGCUGCUUUGGUCAACAAGGUCGACAAAGCAUUUGAUAAUAUGAUAAAACAUCUUCAAGCCAGGACGGUCAACCCACGAGAAACAGAUACCUUGAUUAUCCAGAAGUAUCGGCUGCAGUCCUGGGCUUAUGCGGUUGGGCUCAUCUCGUUGCUCGGAGCCAGACAGCCCCUCCACGAACAACUUGACGGCACUGUUUGCAGUGCAGUACGUGAGAUACUAGAACACAUUGCCGAUACUUUGGAUAUUGACAGGCAAUAUCGCGACUCACAAGAAUUGGUAUCCAAGCCACGCGCCCUGGUCUCUGUUGCUCAAGAGAGUUUUGAUCAGCUACGAUCGUUGUUUCCAGAAGGCGACAGGGCCGUCAUGAACCAUGCUUUUCUCAACAAAUGUUUGGAGCAAGACAAUGACGAAAUCGAUCUCUCAGAUGAAGUAUCCACUCGAUCAUAUGCCAGUUUGGAAGUAACCAGUGCCAUGAAGCGAAUCAUGAUUCUGUGCGAACGAUCGGAUUCACGUAGAUCAUCCAGUGAUAGAUUAAUCAUCCCGAUGAAAGAUUUAUCAUUGGAUGUAGGGAGCUCUCCUAUCAAAUCCACCGGGAAAUUCAGAUGGCCCAGCGAUCAUCGGCAAGCUUGCAAUGGUAUUCUCGUCGAAUGGAAGCAAUAUCAAGGUUACUGGAGCACUGAAAUUGGCAAUGAGCUUUUUGACCGUGUGGAACUGUUGACAGAAUUCUUGAGAACCGCAUCCAGAGGAUCUGACAUUUUGAAUUUGCGAUUGCUGAAUUGCUUGGGCUAUUGCCAUGAUGACAAGAAACGACGGCUGGGUUUCGUUUAUGCCAAACCCAAAACAGUUGGUCCAGGUCCCUGGUUGAGACUUAGCUCAGUCAUAAGUAAAUAUGGCGAGUCGAAUACCUACCCGCCGGCAGUUGGUGAUCGAAUGCGAUUGGGAAGAAUCCUUUGCGAGGCUAUGUUUGCGUUUCACAACGCAGAAUGGUUCCAUAAGAGCUUCUCUGCACCUAAUAUUCUGCUAUUUCCUGAUACAGAAACUUCAGACGAAGAGAGCUCUUGUGUACCCCAACUAACAGACUACACGGUUCUGACGCCAUACAUAACAGGGUUCAACUACUCAAGGCCCAGCCGCAAGAAUGAGUUCUCAGAACCAGACCCAACAAAGAAUGAGAUGCGUUUCUAUCAGCAUCCAUCAUACAAAAGAGUCCCGAUGCAGAAAUAUAGGCACGAGUUCGACUACUACUCUUUGGGUAUUGUACUGCUGGAGGUUGGUCUAUGGUCCCCCAUUGCAGUUCUUACCAGGAGUUUCAAACACCAAGCACCGAGCGAAGUGGCCGAUAUGAUACGAAAUUCGAUAUGCCCGUCCCUGAGAAGCACGAUCGGUUCAAUAUUCGAAGGAGUUGUUGUUUCGUUGUUGGAUGCAUUUCCUUCGUCAAAUGACGAUGAGGAGAAGAAUGAGUACACUGCGAUAGGGGAGCGACUUCAAUUUCAGACCAGUGUGAUCCAGGAGCUGAGCAAGUGUAGAGCUUGA